UUAAUGUAAGACUAUAAAAAUUAUUGUUAUGGUUUCAAAGAAAAAAAUACAUUAUUGUUAAUGUUGUCUAGAACAUAUAACAUCAUAAGUACAUUAAUGGCGACAAGCUGGAACAUUUGAUUAAGAGGUCGGUUAAGUGAUUUUUGAGCUUAUAUAAUGAGUGGCAGUUGGUAACCAGGUCUUUUCACUUUGCACCCUUCUCUCUGUGUGUCUUUGCUCUUUUGUGGAGGGAGAGAAUAGUGUGUGUCAUUGCAUAGAAUGAACACUUGUACAACACCACUUGCAUUUGUUUUUUGAACCAAAACAUAUUCUGGGUUGUCUCUAAAUUUGGUUUAGAGCCUCAUUUUUUUAUGAAGUUUUAAUCUUUUUGGUUUUGUGUGUGUAAGUUAAAAAGUAGAACAGAAUGUCAGUGAAGGGUAGAGGAGGAGUUGGAGUAGGAGAGAUGGGUUCAAGGAAUGUAGUAGUGUCAAGGAAUUUGGCACUUUUGCUUUGUUUUAGUAGCUUCUUUGCUGGGAUAUUGUUCACUAACAGGACAUGGACAGAGCCUGAAAGAACAAAUUUAGAAUCUGAGGCUUGUGAUCAGAAGCUUGAGGUUGGAAAUCACAUAUCCAAUUACAGUCUAGGGCAAAUUUCAAGUACUCAGAAUGAUAUCAGUACACUCAAUAGUAAAAUUUCAAGUAUAGAGAUGAAAUUAGCAGCUGCCAAGGCAGAGCAGCAAUCUUUGUCGAGUGCUGAUGCUGCAUCAGGAAACUUGAAAAGAAAAUACUUUAUGGUAAUUGGAAUCAAUACAGCUUUUAGCAGUCGGAAGCGGAGGGAUUCAGUCCGUGCAACUUGGAUGCCACAAGGUGAGGAAAGGAAGAAGUUGGAGGAGAAGGGUAUAGUCAUACGCUUUGUUAUAGGUCACAGUUCAACCGCCGGUGGCAUUCUGGACAAAGCUAUUGAAGCAGAGGAAAUGAUGCAUGGAGAUUUCUUGAGGCUGGAACAUGUUGAGGGCUACCUAGAAUUAUCGGCCAAGACAAAGACUUACUUUAGAACUGCUGUUGCUUUGUGGGAUGCCGACUUCUAUGUCAAAGUUGACGAUGAUGUUCAUGUGAAUUUAGCAACGCUUGGCACAAUCUUAGCUGGACACAAAAAAAAACCUCGGGUUUAUGUUGGCUGUAUGAAGUCUGGUCCUGUGCUUUCUAAAAAGGGUGUGAGAUAUUAUGAACCAGAGUAUUGGAAAUUUGGAGAAGCUGGGAACAAGUAUUUCCGACACGCUACUGGACAACUUUAUGCUAUAUCAAAGGAUCUGGCAACCUAUAUAUCAGUAAACCAGCACAUCUUGCAUAAAUAUGUCAAUGAAGAUGUUUCUCUGGGAUCUUGGUUUAUUGGCCUAGAUGUGGAGCAUGUUGAUGAUAAGAGACUUUGUUGUGGCACCCCACCAGAUUGUGAGUGGAAGGCUCAUCUAGGCAGCACUUGUGCUGUUUCGUUUGAUUGGAAAUGUAGCGGGAUUUGCAGGUCUGUUGAAAGAAUGAUGGAAGUUCACAAGACUUGUGGUGAAGAUGUGAAUGCUCUAGAGCACGCAAGCUUCUAACAUAACAGACACCUUUCCUCCAAACUCAGAAAGGGCAACUGGGGAAAGUAGGUUGUAGAGAUGCAUGUGACAUACUAACAGAAAUCAUAGAUUUACAGUGAAAGAGAAUAGAGAUCCUUGCUGCUUUAAGGGCCCUUGUCAACAGGCGACCAGCCCCAGAUGGUGGUAAGACAGUCAGAGGAGAGGGCUGUAACAAUCGUUCUUUGAAUGGUUGGAGGGCUGUGUUUGGUGGUUCUCUGCCAUGAUUAUUAAUACCAAACGUUUAUGUUAGAAAAUCUACAUGGACAGCUUUUACUUAUAUUUUGCUUAACAGAUCAAUAUAAUAUACAUCAGGUAUUUUUUUUCUUGUA